CCUCCCGGCUCUCUCCGAGCAUCGUCUGCGCGCCCGCCGUUCUUUGACCGCCCGCCCCGGCAGCCACCAUUCCCGCCUUGGAGAGCUCCACGCUGGCAGUGCCGCCCCUCCCCCGGCUGAGCAUCGGGCGCAAGACCCUGGUGGCGGCCGCAGUGGGGGUCAUGCUGGUCCUGGUCCUGGUGGUCAUCAUCCCCGUGCUGGUCAGCUCCGUGGGGUCGGGCGGCGGCGAGGACGGCGCCGGCCGCUACGAGAUGCUGGGGACGUGCCGCAUGGUGUGCGACCCCUUCCCCACGGCGGGCACGGGGGAGCCCGUCACCGCCGAGCUACAGGUGGAAGCCGGUUUGGCCGAGCACAGCAUCGGACCGCCGUUGCACACCUACGGCGCUCACGGCUCCCCCGGCAGACACGGACGCCCCGGCAACCCCGGACCCCCGGGCCCGCCUGGAGAACCAGGUCCUCCGGGGCCCAUAGGGCCCCCCGGGGAUGCCAUGGACGUGGUCCGGAAGGGGAUUCUCGGAUUCGGGGGAAAAGGCUCGGUCAGCACCACCACCUACACCACCACGCCCCGGGUGGCUUUUUACGCGGGACUCCGGAACCCGCAGGAAGGUUACGACAUCCUCCGCUUCGACGACGUGGUGACCAACAUCGGGGGAAACUACGAGGGCGCCUCGGGGAAGUUCACCUGCAAGAUCCCCGGCACCUACUUUUUCAUGUACAACGUUCUGAUGAGGGGCGGGGACGGCACCAGCAUGUGGGCGGACCUCAUCAAGAACGGUCUGGUGAGGGCCAGCGCAAUCGCCCAGGACCAGGACCAGAGUUACGACUACGCCAGCAACAACGUCAUUCUGCACCUGGACGCGGGCGACGAGGUCUUCAUCAAACUGGACGGGGGAAAGGCCCACGGCGGCAACAGCAACAAGUACAGCACCUUUUCGGGCUUCAUUCUCUACGCCGACUAGCCGGGACCACGGCGGGUGGCUUGGAUUUCACUUGCAGCCAGGACGACGUUGCCCGUAGCCACCGAUCUGCGGUCGGGCGGGCGGAUUGGCGGUUACGGGAAACGGGUCUACCUCUUUGUCCAUUCAGGGUGCCUAUGCCGCACUUCCGACAACCCCGAACCGACGCGUCAUGGCGGCGACGAUUCCGACAGCGUCAUCUCGUUUGCUGGUGUUCUUGCAUCCUUCCUGUUAGCACGCUAAGAUGUCAACUCAGGCGUCGGAAUGAGAUUAUCGUUUUAGUGAAUAAGCUCUGAUAUUGAAUUUUGUCAGUCCGAGUCCUGUCUGUUCAAGACCUUGAUGAAAUAUUUGUGCCAUUCUACCAUGUGACGUGCCAACUUGUGAGCGUCUGUUGAACUCAAGCAUGCAGCACCUGUCGUUACAAAGAGUAAUUAAAGGUCCACUAUUAUGCCAUUUUCCUGAUAGAACAGAAUAGAAUGGACUUUAUUGUCAUUAUAUUUGCAUAUAACGAGAUUAAAGACUCCAAUUUAAGGUGCGGUAGUGGGAACAAAUAUGGGGUAAAAUAAACAACACAAGAGGUAAUACAGGAAAAAUCUAACGAUUGAAAUAAACAGACUAAUAUCCAAUAAAAUAAUAAGCAAUCCUGUGAAAUAUACAAAACACUAUAGACCAGGGGUGCCCAUUACGUCGAUCGCGAGCUACCAGUCCACCGCGGGGGGUGUGUCAGUCGAUCUCGAGCCAGGCUUUUAAAAAAAAUAGACCUAAAAAUUAGUGAUCAUCAAUCUUCACCAAGACGUCACUUAAAUGACAUUCACGGUACCGGAGGGUCUUGUGAGAUGACGCUGGCUGCUGCAAGAUCAUUAUUA